AUGUCUGAAUCUUAUAUUCUUCAUGAUGUUAUGCGUAAAGUUAAAGCUGAUGGUUUAUUUGAUUCAAUUCGACGUGAUUUAAUAUCUGAUAUAGAACAAAAAUCAUCAUAUUUAGAUUUAAAAUCUCAAAUUGAAUCUUUAAUGUCAUCUUAUCUAGCAGAAAAUAAAUGGAGUUCAUCAUUAAAAAAAUCUGAUAUACGUGAAAGAGCACGUCGUCAUAUAGAAACAUCAAAUUUAAUCAAAGAUACAUUACCAUCACUUGUUAAUCAAUAUAUGCAAACAUGUCAACAACAAUUAGUUCAACCACGUCUAUCAUCAUUUGUUUCUGAUCAUAUUCAACAUGUUUAUAAUUCUAUAGGUGGUACUCAUAUUUAUCGUCCAUCAACAUCAUAUACACAAUCAAAUACAACUUUACAAGAAUCUAUAAAUCAAGAAAAAAUAUCAUCAUCAAUUAAACAAGAAUCAAUUUCUUUAAAAACAAAUCAAACUUUACAAUCUUCAAAUAUAAUUCCAAAAAAAAUUCAACCAUCAUCAUCAUCAAUAUUAAAUAAAACUAAAUUAUUAACAAAUUCAAUUAAAGAAGAAAAAAAAUCUCAUAUUUUAUCACCAUUACAUUCACCAACUGAACUUGUCGAUAUUUCACCAUCACCACCAUUAAUUGAUAAUGAACGUACAAAUAUAUCUUUAAGUCCAUCACCUCCUCCACCUAUUGUUCGUAUUGCAUCACCAUUAACAUAUUCAACAAAAACAGAAACUUCAAGAAAAUUAAAAUAUUUACAUGAUGAAAGUUUAAAUAUAAAUAUAAAAAAGAAAAAAAUUAAAAUUGAUAAUAUACAACAUAAAAAUAUAUCUGAUGAUAAAUCAAACGAUAUUGUAUCAAUAUCAACAUCAAAUGAAAUUGAUACUCGUAAAUUACGACCACGUCGACCAAAUCCAAAAUAUUCAAAAGAACAAUUUGAAAUAGGUGAUCUUGAUAUUACAGAACCCUCAUCACCACCAUCUACAAUUUCUAAAUCAAAAAAAACUCGUUCAUUAAAAUCAUCAACAAGUUUUGAACAAGAACAUUUGGAUACACCAUCAUCACCUUGUGCAAUUUCUGUACCAAUGGAAACAGUAAAUACAGUUGAUGAUAGAUCACCUGAAUAUGAAACAUCAUUACCUUCGCCUAUAAUUGAACAACAACAAACUGAAAAAAUAAAUGAACGAUCAAGAACACCAUCACCAGUGACAGUGAAUACAAAAAAAUCAACAUCACCAAGACGUCUUCGUCCAAGAAAAAUAAAUGAACGUUCUUCAACUGUAGAAAAUCAAACUGAAAAGUUCAUAUUAAAACUUU